UACCAAUGUUGCAAUCAAGUACCCAACAACAACGACAACUACAACAACAAGUGAAAAUAAGUCUACAGCAAGACUUAAAUUAUCGAAAGCAACAACCAGAUUUUGUAAGCGACAUUUGUGGUUGUUUCAUAAACAAUUGCCUUAAAUGUGGCCUUAAAGAAAACGAGAAAAUUCUGCACAAUUUUAAUAACGAAAAGAGAAGACAUUAAAAAGAAAUAAAGAAAUAAAACUAAAGCAAAAUAACCAAAAAAACUGAAAAACUAAACUAGAUUAAAUUAAAAGAAAAAUCGAGAGUAUCAAAAGAAAAACGAAAGGAAAUUUUCAACAAAAGCUAAACAUAGACAAGGGAAAACCCCCUUUCCCCCUCCUAGACAAAUAAAAAGAAAAGAAAAUAAUAAUAAAAAAAAAAACAAUUACACUAACGGUGCUUUAUAAUGGUGGAUAAGGUGAUGAUGUAUAAUAAACAUCAAAAAUAUCAACAACAGCAGCAAAAACAAAAACCACUAACAGCCAAAGCAAAGUUAAAACAGCAACAACAACAACAAUUGAAAUGUAUAAACAAAACUCCUCAACUGGAGCUCAGAGAGAAGAGGGAGUUGUCAGAAAAUGCUGAAUUUUAUUACACAUUAAGUACAAAAAGUACUAAGCCAACAACAACAGCAACAUGUCUUAAAGACAUUGUUGGUAGUAGUUGCUGUAAUAGUAUUAGUGUUCAAAAUUAUUUUUAUCAACAUCACAGGGGAGUUAAGAGAAGAUUGGAAAGAGGUGGCGCUGGUGGUGUUGGUGGUAUUUUGUAUUUGUGGCUUGUGUUGGUGGUAUUUAUGUUGUUAUUAUGUGGCAAUAGUGCAAUUUCUCAGCAACGAAAUAUUAACAAUAAUGUUAAACUAAACAAUAGCAACAAUAACAGCAACAACAUUGGCCACAUAUUGUUGCAAAUUUCCACACCACCAACAUCGUCGUCAUCAUCAUCUGCAGCACUUUAUACAAAUAAUAAAAGACAUGCAAGGGGGGCUGCUGGUGUUGGCAUUAUAGUAGCGGAUGAUGCAGAAAAACAAGUAUUUGCAGCAAAAUCUAAUAUAACAACAAAAACUACUAUAUCAUCAACAUCAUCAUCGUCGUCUUCAUCUACUUCAACAUCUUCUUCGUCAUCUUCUUCAUCAUCAUCGUCUUCAAAUAACGCCCCAACAUUAGGAGGCAUUAGUAAUAGCAAUAGCAACAUUAACAAAUACAACACCAGCACCAAUAACAACAAAAACAACAAUAACGAAUCAUUAUUAAAUGAUGGCGAAAGUAUUAGUGCCACCAGCAGCAACAAUAACGAUAAUUUAAGCAGCAGCAGUAGCGAAGAUCUAUUAAAUUCCUCAGAAAUUUUAAAUGAAUCAGAAGAUGGUUACGAGCACUUGAACACUGUUUCCUCUACUACCUAUCGUCCUAUACGAUCCUCAAUAACACCUUCACUUACUUCGGCCCAAGAACGGGAGAGACGUCUUAUGCAUGUGUUAGCGGCACGACGCAGUGCCCUACAGCGUCCUGGUUUCCGUAAUCGUAUUGGCACCACUGGACGUACAGCAACAGCUGUUGAAACAACCUCAAAAUCACCCACCGAUCCACGAUCAAUUUGCAUACGAAAUUGUACGAAAAAUUUCACAAGACGAACCACAGCCAGCUGUAUGAGACAAUGUGCGAACUUUUCAAGAGUAGCUUCUAAUAUACCCGGAUCCUCGACAGUGGUAGUAAAAAAUUCCUCAAAAUCUGGAACGGGAACGGCUCAAGCGGGAGAGAGGGAUACUAAUGAAAUCUUAUUUACCGACGAAUCUUCACAUGGCCUAUUGGUCAUAGCGAAAGAACAAAAUGAUACUUUGAAUCAUAUACCAGAUGAAAAUAAAGGUGGCACAGUGGCCAAACUGAGGGGAAGACGUAAGCCGCAAGCCCAAAUAGGUACGGUAACUUUGGCCACCACCUCCAUAGAAGAUGAUGAAAUACAACCUUAUUUGUAUUUUGGACAAAAGUUGCCACCUUUAAAACCCAAUUCCUUAACCAUUACCGCGAUAAGUGAUGACCACCCCAAGCUAUUGGAGGUGUCAGUAGCAGAUGUUGAACCUUCCUCAACCACACCAGUAAGUUUAACUUCCGCCUCUACUCUAUCAGCGGUGGAAAGAAGUCGCGCUCGUUUCAAAUAUAACAUGAGAAACGGAGUAAGUUUUAAUCGCAGAUAUACCAACAUAAAUAGAUCUACUACUCCGGAAGUACCUACCGAACCCAGAACUACUACUUUGAGAAUAGUAGCCGAAGUGGUGAAGGAGCCUAAAGUUAAGAUAGCCUCAUUUUUGGAAAAGAUACGUGAUUCUACAUCACCUAGACCUUUUACAGAAGCUUUGAGGGAUGAACAAGUAUUUUCACCAUCAACACCUUUGAUAAUAACAGUAUUAAGUGAUGAAGAUAUGGUAACACCCACACCGGACUCUGGAGUGGUAUUUACCACAAAACAGGAGUCAACGAAAGUAGCUACCACUUUACCCACAACAACUGCCACACAACCAACAACAACCACCAGCACUACAACGACUACCACAACAACAAGAAAACCAACUACAACUACUACCACAGCGGCACCUACAACUACAACAGCUGCUACUACAACAACUACUAGCACCACCACAGCAGCCACUACCACAACUACUAUGCCAACUACGACGACAACCACGACCACACCAGUUCCUGAACCAUAUCAGCAGCCUCCUGCCACUACAGCUAAAACCACUACCCCAACAACUACUACUACCAGCACUACAACAACCACUACUACACCGUCACCUCCUGCUACUCCUGCUGAUAUCACCACCUACAAACCCCUUAUCAGCGAUGAAGAGGCCGAAGUUUUAAGACAAUUGGGUCCCAGUCUAACACAACCCAUUAACACAGACGACCGAACGAAUCUUAUAAUAUUUGUUAAUCGAACCACAGACACCUAUCGACCUAAUCGCUUCACAACCACAACAACCCCCAAACCUUAUCAAUCUAUAAUACCAGCCUAUUCACCUCAAGCAGCGACAACCGAUUCCUCGACAACUAUUCUACAUACCACCAUCUUAACUUCGAUAAGAUCGACAGUAAAUACUCGUAAAGAAAUUAAUAACUUUUAUACCACCACUCCACUGCCCACGGCUAGUUCACAAAAGGGACCUUUGUUAAAUAAUGAAAUGACACCCUCCUCUACCACCCUACAGCCGGUGAUAACUGGCGAAAUAAGCUCGACAGUGGUGACCGAUGAUCAAGAGAUUUCUUUGGAAAUGCAACGCAUGAAUGUUGUUACCAUGGUCUUGGCGGGUAUAGGCAUUGUUCCACUACUGGCCAUUAUUCUAUAUCUAUUACGCAACUAUCUGCUAAAACGACCCAUUAAAGAUGAUGAAGAUUUUGAUGUUUGCAUCACAGAUCAACAGCCUAUAAGUCCAGUGAAAAAAAUCGAUUCGAAAUAUCAAGAAGAGGAUGAAGAUGAGGUGGAUCAUCAUAAAAAACUGCCGCAGAGACAACAUAGUCUACACAGUAAAUUGGUAUCGGCUCCUAUGGCGCGUGAUAAUAAUCAUAAUGUGACCUUAAGCCAGCAGCAGCGUUAUGAUGAUAAAAGUUCGGUGUCCAGUGAUCAAGAAUUCGAACGUACUAAUAUACGUUUAAAGAGCCUUCUGGGAGAGGGUAAUUUUGGUCAGGUUUGGAAAGCGGAAGCUGAUGAUUUAAGUGGUCAUUUUGGUGCGACACGCAUCGUAGCUGUCAAGACCAUUAAGGCUUGUAGCACCCAGUUGAGUCUUAAGGAUGAGGCGAAUAUUAUGCGUAAAUUGGGUUCCCAUCAGAAUGUGGUUACAUUGCUGGGAGCUUGUGUGGAUUCGGAACCUCAUAUGUUGAUUAUGGAAUAUGCCAUGCGUGGUCGUUUGUUAUCUUUGCUGAGGGCAGCUCGCAAUGCUACCAACAUUUUACCGGCCUCUGUCCCAGGUGGCAGAAGUCUGACCCCUUUGUCUCCUCGUACCUUGGCUGGUUUUUGUUUGGAUAUAGCUCGUGGCAUGGAAUAUAUUGCUGAGAAGAGAAUUGUUCAUCGUGAUCUAGCAGCCCGUAAUGUUUUACUCGAUCAUAACGGUGUUUGUAAAAUCUGUGAUUUUGGUAUGUCCAUAGAUUUGGAUGCCGAACGCAAACGAAAAGAGCUAGAAAAGAAUUGUGCAAAUGAAAUAAUGCGCAGUAAUUUUAAUAAAUUCAAAUUUGAUUUUGGACAGAAAUUCAUAAUGAAUCAUUGGCAAGGAUCGCCAAAAGAUUGUAGUGAAAAGAAAUCACAUGGACAUGAUACCAUAGGUAAGAGGCCAGCAUUACCCAUUAGAUGGAUGGCACCGGAAGCAUUGCAAUAUAAUAUAUUCAGUACUGAAACGGAUAUAUGGGCAUUUGGAAUAGUAUUGUGGGAAAUAGCAACAUUGGGAUCUACGCCUUAUUCCCAAAUAACGGGACGUGAAGUUAUACGGCGAGUACCACAAGGUUUACGACCCGAUUUACCCAAAGAGGGUCGUCAUGAGUUUUAUAACUUAAUGUCACGCUGCUGGCAUAAGGAUCCCCAUAUGCGUCCCAGUUUUUGCCAGUGUAGAUUGGAGAUAUCACGUUCUUUGCACAAAUGGGUUGAUGAUGACUCGGCCGCCUCGGAUUAUAUGGAUGUUAGUGGUUUUAGUGAAGAUCUCGAACAGGGCAUGGUCUAUUUCAAUCAUCGUAUAUCGGAGUUUGAAUGUGAAAUAUGACAUUAGGAGAACUGAUCCCUCUCUCUCUCUCUCUAUUUAACCCUGCUUAACUUUCACUUUAUUCUAUAUAUAAUUCUUCACCCUCCCUCCCCCCUCAUUUUCAUCAAGUGCUCUUAGCAGUAUUAUUUUUAAAAUUUUUCUUGUAUUUUGGUUGUCUUGGCUUUCAAAGUGCUAAAGAUUUUUGUAUAAAGAAAAUUGGUUUUUUUGUGAAAAAGGUGCUUUAAAGAAAACGUUUAAAAUAGUAUAGAAAAUAUUAUGGAAUUUGCUGCAAAUGAUUCGGCAACAAUUUCAUGAUUAAUGUAAAUAAUAGUGUAUUUUUCUUAAAUAAUGAUUUAUUAGUUAAGUUAUAUUAUUUUUUUUUUUUAAAUAAAAUAAACGAAAUUUGUCAAUAUGAUAUUACGAAUUAUGUAUAUGGUCUUUCAAGCCAAUAAUUCCAUAUUAUCAUUAACUAUAUUACUCAACUAAAUUUAUUUUAAAGAAUAUUCUAAUAAAUUCUGUGUUAUUAAUUUCAAAUUAUCUUAAGGUUUUGCGAAUUAAAAAUUUUUCGAACAAAUUAAAUUUUCUUCUCCCCUGGUCCUUCGAAGCCAUUUUUAACAGUUAAUGACAAAUUUUGUUCUUGUAAUUUUUUUUUAUUUAAUUUUCUUUUUAGUUUUCUAGUCUUUAUUUUUUGUCUUUUAAUUUUCUCGAUUUGUAAAUUAUAUGUUUAAAUUUGGCUUUAAUUUUUUAUUUUAUAUUUAAUUAAAUAAUUAUUUUAUGUUUUGUAAUUAUAUAUUUUUUGCACUGUUUAAAGUUUAUUAUUAGAAGAUUUUGUAGCAUGUAAAUAAUUAAGUUUUUUUUUUCUAAUAAUUUUACUUAUGUAUGUGUGUAUAUUGUAUUACAAAUACCAAGUAUUUAAUUAACAAAUUGUUUAUAAUCAUCACUGUGUUUAUAUGAAAAAUAAAUUUCCAUUUAGUAGUUUUAAUACAAUUUUUAAAUUUAUUUAUAAAAUUUAAAACCUUAAACAACAUUUAUGAUAUUUUUCUUUGCAAUUAAGUAAUAAAAUUGUAUACGUACUGAAUUAAAUAAAUGAAAUAUAAU